GAGAAAGUUGAUCCAGCCUCCUCUCAGAAUGUCAAUACAGCUGAACACUACUUUGACAACUCCACCGUGGAGUGUGCUAUACAGUCCUGCCCUGAACUACUAAAAAAAGAUUUUCAGUCCAUGUUUCCUGAGGCUCCAUCUUCUGGUAUGAUGGUGGUCACAGUUACCCAAAAGACCCAGAAUGAUAUGAUGUCAUGGUCUGCUGAUGUGGAACAGGAGAGAGAAAAGAUGCUUGACAAGUUUGUUGAUGGCGCGAAGGAGAUCUGCUACUCCCUGCAGAGAGAAGGAUUCUGGGCUGACUUUAUUGAUCCGUCCUCAGGCCUUGCGUUUUUUGGCUCAUACACCAACAACACACUGUUUGAGACAGAUGACAGGUACCGUCACCUGGGCUUUCAGAUUGAGGACCUGGGCUGCUGCAGAGUGAUCCGGCACUCUUUGUGGGGGACACGUGCUUUUGUGGGGACUAUAUUUACCAACGCACCAACCAGCAGCCUUGUCAUGAAGAAGUUGCAGGGGAGCUAAAUACAAGCUCAGAGACACUGGGUUGGCAUUAAAACUGUUAACAUAUAUGAUUUGGUGAUGAUAUUUUUGCCUGAAGUUUCAUCAUUUUAACAAAGUUUUGUAAGAGCAUCAACUGACUCAUCCUGCUUUUACUUUUGCAACAUAUAUGUAUAAAUAUUAGUUGAUAUUGAUAUAUGUAUAUUUAUAGAUUCCAAACCAACACGCUGAAAUGCAUUACAAUAAAGUGUUUCUUGACUCAACUAAAAAA